AUGCAGAUGUACAAUCAUUUUUUACUAAUUGUCCUGUCGACAAUUUUGACAUUGGAAGGUAACUUUAUCAGUGCAAAAACAGCUUUCUUAAUAUCACCGAUAUCGUCUGACGAAGCAGUAGCUGAUGAUAUACCACCGCCGUGGAAUGAUGAGUAUAAUUUAAUGGAAGAUACGCCAGAAUCUUCAGAAACAGCAAAUAAUUAUCUUAAGAAUCAAUUGGCAAGAAAAAUUAUUGAAAAUGCACAUCAUGUUCCCAUGUUUAGUUUAAAUGAUCUAACAUCAAAACUGCAACAAUUUCAAGAAUCGCAUCACAAUAAUGGUAAUACAUUAUCAAAUCGUGAAGAAAUGUUACCCAUUAAUAUUUCCAGAAAACGGGGACUGUCGAUGUUAGCCAGGUGGAAGCCAUUUAGUGAUUUAGGCCGUGAUCGUACUCCAAUUCGUUCUGCAGGUGAUUUCAAAACUGUUUAUGGAACCGAUUUAUUAGAUGUUGUUAGUGCUCAAACACGAGCACGACCGGCUGGUCAACCUUUACGAUGGGGUUAGAAA